UCACUUGGGCAUUUUUUGAAGGCCUAUAAUUUUUGUUGCCUUUUUUUUUUAGCAUCCAUUAGCUUAUUCUUAACCUGACUAUUUGGGGUUUAAAUUUGCAAUAUUCCACUUGUCGCAUUAUCUAAAUGCAUUCUGAGAACGUUGUAUUUAUUAUCUUGCCCAUUUCUUCAAAAUUACUUAUUUUGUCUUUAUCAUUAUUUCUUUUAACAUUUUUUUUCUUAUAAUCUUGAAAAAAAAAAAGUUGGUUCCGUCUUUGCCUUCUGGCGUUUUUCACCUGAUGUACAUUGUGCGUCUUUUGGUCACUAUUUAAUAAAUAUAUAAAACAAACAUGAGUGUUCACACAGAACAGAAACUAAAUCAAGAGUGUAUUAAAAAAUUUCCUGAAGAAUCACAACGAGUUUCUCUCUUGAAAGCUCAGACAGAAGAGAGACCUUAUCAGUGCUCAGAGUGUCUAAAAACCUUUGCAAAAAAGAAAAAUCUAAUGAAACAUCUGAGAGUUCAUAUAGGAGAUAGACCUCAUCAAUGUAUAGUGUGUCAAAAAAGCUUUUCAAGAAAAUCGAAUCUAAUCACUCACUUGAGAGUUCAUACAGGAGAGAGGCCUUAUCAUUGUUCAGAGUGUUUAAAGACCUUUUCCAGCAAGUCACAACUUAAUAGUCAUUUAAGAGUUCAUACAAGUGAAACCGUAUCAGUGUUCAGAGUGUCUAAGGACGUUUUUAAGCAAAUCUCGACUAAUAACCCACUUCAGGGAACAUACAGGAGUGGAACCUUAUCAGUGUUCGGAGUGUCUAAAGACCUUUUCAAAAAAAUCAAAUCUAAUGCACAUGAGAGUUCGUAUUAGAAAGAAGCCAUUUCAUUGUUCCGAAUGUCUAAAAGUCUUUUCAGAAAAAUCAAAUCUAAUACAACACCUGAGAGUUCAUACAGGAGAAAAACCAUAUCAGUGUUUGCAAUGUCUAAAGGCAUUUAAAAAGAAAUCCGAUCUAACAGUUCAUAUGAGAAUUCACACUGGUGAAAAACCAUAUGAGUGUUCGAAGUGUCUAAUGGCUUUUUCAAACAACCCACAACUAACAAAACACAAGAGAGUUCAUACAGGAGAGAAACCAUAUCAGUGUUCAGAGUGUCUAAAGGUUUUGUCAGACAGAUCAAGCCUAACACAGCACAUGAGGGUUCAUACAGGAGAGAGACCUCACCAGUGCUCAGAGUGUCUGAAGGCCUUUUCAAUAAAAAAAGAUCUAAUAAGGCACCUGAGAGUUCAUACAGGAGAAAAACCAUAUCAGUGUUCAGAGUGUCAUAAAAGCUUUUUGAGUAAAUCACAUCUAAUCCGCCACUUGAGAGUUCAUACAGGAGAGAAA